UAAGUUUGUAAAUACAGUUGAAGUGGUGAAAUAAUAACUUCAGUUAAAUCGUAUAUAUCUUUUGCCGAAAUGACUUAUAUGUACUGAUGGAAAAGUAUAACACUCUUAAGCCUAAAUUCCAAACUAGUUAAAAGUUUUAACGUCGUUAAAAUGGUUCGGUUCAACAAAUCUUGUAUUUUAGUGAGUGCAGCUUUGACAUUAGGUGGAUUGGCAUUAUUAGCAGCAUUAGUUUCAAUAUCAACAAGCAACUGGUUGUAUGUAACAGAGAUACUUUCACUUCAGUAUUUUUCAACAUACGACACCCCGGAAUAUGACGAAAUUGAGGGAUUCAUGGAUAACACCACUCUACCAGACACAUUCGAAGUUUCUGUUGUGAUGGGAUUAUGGCGAUUUUGUUCUGUUGCAAUGGAUUUCACAUUUUGUGAGAAUUUGGAUUACAAGAUACCAAAAAUAGAACGCCAGGAGGUUUCCCUCUCAAUUGCUGAAUCACAGAGGGAAUCGUCUCCCAUGUUUCUCGCAGCUCUAGUUUUAAUUGUUGUUUCUGGAAUAUUCAACGUGAUCGGAAAUAUCAAAUGGUUUAGGGUAACAAUGGUUGCAAGCAUAAGUUACAUGUUAACAGCACUUUUUAUUAUGGUUGGUAUGGUAAUCUACAUAGCUAACAUACAGAGCGAAAUAAAGAAAGUCAAUGGCGAAGAUUCAAAGAGAGAUGACGUAUCGAUAGAUUAUGAUUAUGGUUGGUCAUUCUAUGUCAUGUGGUUGAGUUUCAUCACGUCAUUGGCUGCUGCAAUCAUAUGCAUAAUUAUGUUUUACGAAGAGUGGGAAAAGAUUCAAACUACAACAGAGAUUAAGAUGCAGCUGACCAACAUAGCUGAUGAGAACGAAAUGACAGUGUGAUAACGUAAUAUUGACGUUUUUUAUGACCUCGCAAAACAGAUUUAACAAUAAUACAUUUUUUCCAAGAGAGAUAUUUUGUGGAAAUUUUAGCAUCCUAUCAUUCUUUUGAAAAUAUAGAAACAUUACAUAUGAACACUUGUCAGUUACCUCAUUCUUAAAGGACAUAAUCGAUUUUGAUCUUUGCCAUUUUAUUGUUUGCCACUUUAAUAUAUGAACUUUGUAUUUACUGCAAGAACAUCGGUGUAUAUCUUAUCUAUAUAAAAGAACAUUUGAAAAACCACUGUUUUUGUUUGGUCUUUUCCUAAACUAUACAAUUCCGUGAAAAAGAACCUCAGUAUGUAUAUAUAAUUAGGUUGUAAAUGUUCAAAUGAAUAUUGUAAA